CUUGGUGCUAUGCUUAAUAAAAAUCAAAGACUUUUUCUUGGACUGUUUGUGUUACUGUUAGUAGAUAUUAUAUGGGUUUCGUCAUCAGAGCUAACUAAAUAUAUAUAUCAUAACCAAGAGUAUGAAAAACCAUUUUUUUCUACAUACUUAAAGACAUCAUUGUUUACAUUCUAUUUAUUUGGUCUAUGCCUAUGGCCUCCAUGGAGAGACUAUUAUACAAAUGUAGAUCCCUAUAAAAGUCCUUCUUACUUAUUGGUUUCUGAACCACAUGAUGAUGAGAACUUUACAGUGGAAGACAAUUCUCCAACAAGUUUAGGAGAACCUGUAUUUGUUCCUGUUAAAACCCCUAAUAGAGAAACAUGUUCCGAAGAUAUGCAUCAAGCGGAUUGUACUUCCGACAGUGAUGAUGGAAGUAUUAGAAGUGUUAGAUUUAAUAAAUUAGCUGAGGUACGGCAAAUGCCUGAUAAUGGAGCAACAGAAGCAUUAUUGGCAAGAUUAUCUUACCACGCAAGUUUAAGGGCAAGCGAGGCUGCACGGCGGGCCGCAAAUCGUUUGCCCACACAAAGAAUAGCAAAA